ACUGUUGUACUUGAUGUGUAAUAUAUCUUCUUUACGAGAUGAAGAUUCUCCCAGAUCAUUUGACUCAUCCAUUUUGAAUCACAAAAAUCUCUCAAAUCUCAAAAACCCUAGCUCACUUCUUCCUCUCAAAAACCCCACUCUCUCACUCAAAAAACAGACAACACACAAAAACGAAAAAAACAGGGCAACCAACCUACACCAAGGCUGGUCCAGAGCCAUAUCGUGGGACUAAACUUCUGUAAGCUUUAUAAAAACAUGCCAAAAUUUAUCUGUCUGUUUCAACUCUCUUCCCGGGCAGGAGAUAAGUGAAAAUUUGAAAUCCAAAGGAAUGGGUUAUGAUUUCUCUCACUCAGAUUCGGAAGAAGGGAAAUGUUUGAUUUUGUUUCUACAUAACUCUACUGAUAGUAUUGUGAUUGAACAACUACAGAAAAGAGAGUGAUGUAGAGGACAGAACUGUUUUGGUGGUUGGAAAAGAGAAAAAAGAGCUUCAAUGGGAGAUUCUUAUUCAUAUAUUCUUGAUUUACAAGGGGAAUCUAAUGGAAUAUAUGUAUCCCGAUAUUAAGUUAGCAUUUAUCGUUUUUUAUGGAAUUUGUUUGACUAAUUUAAAAUUAUAGUUCCUCAAAUUGCUAGGGUUUCUUUGAUUUUCUUUCAAUUUCUCCAAACUUUAUUGAAUUGCCCUAAAAUAUUACUAAUAAUUAAGGUUUCAUUUAAUUUGAUUAGUUUUCUUAAUCAUAGUUUUUGAUGAAGAGCGUUAGAUUUCAAUAGCAGCUGUUUGAUGAAAUUCUGGUGUAUGACUCUUGUGUAGGUUGUGGUGGCUUAAAUGCAGGUGGUGUAUAUCACCUUGGAGGUAUCAAAUGGUCCCCAAGAGUAUCUGAAACUGAUGCCCACCAAUGACAACCUCCAUCAACAAAUCCCAAACAUAACACUUUAUGAUUAUUUUAUUAACAUAUGCAGAAAAAUUCCCGAGCACUUGCCAAAUGUUAUUAUCAGGCAAUACAAAAUCUGUUUGUGGCAGUUGAUGAGGUUCCGAAAAGGCAUGUUCAGACAAUGGGAACUCUAGCUGCUCAAGUGAUGGCGCACAGCGUAGGAAUAGAGCAGCUGAACGAAUUUUAUGGGUACUCUACUCUGCAUCUGAAGCUCUUGGUCAGAUUAUCAAUGGCUUCAUAAUUGAGGAGCAAGACGUCAAUGCAGAGAAUGAAAUAAUUCAAAGAAAGGCCUCCAGGGAAAACUGGACAGGGAUUUUUCCUGCCAGGAAUAAGCAAGGCUGGCUAUAUCAAGUACUUGCCACCGGUGCCCCAUUAUAUGAUGAUAGUUGCUCCGGAGUCUUUUCAAGAAACCAUGGUACCAGAUUCUCUUGGUACAAAACCUUUAAAAGGUAAUUCCUAUCCCAGUUCUAGUUGGCUGUGUAUUGGUGGUCUAACAACAACUAAACCUGAUUUUGAUCCUCGGCACAAACCUCUGAAAUCUAUCACAUCUUGGCUGAUACCAAAACUGAUAUCGAGAUCGAAAAAUAAAGUAUGUCCGAAAAUGAAAACAUUGGAAACCGCUCUCUCUGACCACGGGGUGCACCCUUACCUUGAGAACAUAUGCCCAAGGAAUCCUUUUAGAAAUUCUUCUGAUGACAAGGAUGCAAGUAAAACUGGUGUCUACAAGAUGAUAACUUCUAGAGUGAAGGGAAUAUCAUGGUCCUGGGACAGCCAACAAGUCUCUAGAUCCCUGUCCUAUUCUACUAACAGUGAUGUAACAAGUAGCAUGCGGAGUAGAAGCACAAGCAGUAGUAGAAGCAGUCCUCAUCGUAAAUUUUAUAUGGAAACAGAUUAUUUGAAUUACGAUAUCUCUUUGAGCAAUUUGACAUUCGGUGAACAGAUUGUGCAAGGUUCAUGUGCAACUGUGUACCAUGGUCUUUGGUGCGGCACGGAUGUUGCAAUCAAAGUAUUUUUGAAGUUUGAUUACUCAGACUUGCUAAUGCAACAUUCCUUCAGACAAGAGGUAUUGUUGAUGAAGAGGCUGAGGCAUCCAAACGUGGUACUCUUUAUGGGGGCGGUAACUUCACCUCCGCAUCUGUGUAUUGUCACCGAGUUCCUUCCACGUGGGAGUUUGUUUCUAUUACUUCGAUGUCACACCGCCGCUACUUCUCAAUUUGCGUACUCUCAUGGCUUUGGACAUUCUAAGUGUCGUUCGAUUCCUUGCAACAACUUCUACUAAGGAAAAUUCAUCAGGAACCAGAUUUCAAAUGUAAAUAUUGUCUGUGAGUCUUCCUCUUUUGUAGGCACGAGGUAUGAAUUACCUUCAUAAUCGCAACCCACCAAUUAUUCACCGUGAUUUGAAGUCAUCAAAUCUUCUGGUUGAUAAGAACUGGAGUGCGAAGGUUAGUGAUUUUGGUCUCUCACGGAUGAAACAUGCAACGUUCAUAACAACGAGUACUGGAAAUGGAACGGUAACACACGGUAUGUGACCCAAAAUGCCGCCCAACAUUCGAGGAAGUGCUUGAAAAGUUGAAAGCUAUGGUUAGACAUGAUUCUGGUUGAAAGCCAACAUAUUAUACGACCUUGCCGUCUUUCUGCCUAGAAAUAUGAAGAAUUCUUUUUGUUAUGCAACGUAUUACUUGCGUGUGCCAGAGUGAAGAAAUGAGUUGGCAAUGGUGAAUGUAAGAGAUACUUGUUGUAAUAUAUCAACUACGUCUUCGUAAUAAUGCACUGGACUAUUAUUCGUAACUAUGCAGGAGCAUCCAGGGGAGCGAAAUGUAGUUAUGUUGGCAGAGCAUUGAGUCCAGAACAUGUAGAAGGAAUGGCACUGCUGGAAGCUGUUAAGUGGAUGGAGAGGCUAAAGCUGGAGGCAGUGAAUUUUGAGACAGAUUCUAUGAUUCUGGUAGAAGCUAUAACUAAGGGUCAAUUCAAUAUUAAUUGGCAGUUUCACAAUUUCAUUAGAGACGUCAUUUUAUGUUUUAAGAAAUUUAAGAACUGGAAUUGUUAUUAUGUUCCAGAGGAACAAAAUAAAGUGGCAGACACUCUCUCUAGAGUAGCUCGCACUGAGAAGCUAACUAAAGAAUGGUCUGAUAACCCACCUAGCUGUAUU